AUGCCUCAACUACAAGGGCUAGCAGCAGUGACUGGCUUAGUCGUCGCCUAUAACAGCUGUGCUGUUGCCUAUCAAACCUGGAUAGAAGCUAGUAGUGAUCGCUGGGACGACGAUUAUAAUCAAUCCCUGGACAGGUCGUUGAUGGCGGGUGGAUCAGAGAUUCAGUAUGAAUAUGAGAUGCAUUGUUCCAGACUAGGACCAAGAUUCUCUUCGGGUGAUGGUACGAUCCCUACGACGUAUUUGGUGUAG